CGUUUUUAAGGUUCGUUUUGGCGCGACGUCUCUUAAUCCGGCGGUCAGCUUUAUGGUUUGUGGCUGUCAAGAUGCCGUGUAUCAGUUUACAGUGAAUUAAUAUAACAUCCAUCCGCACGGCAGCUUUGGAGCUUCACGCCUUGAGUUGGCCCAGUCCUCAACUUUAUGAAAGUAAUGGAUGCACUCUAUAGGGGGUUUUCACCUGAUAACACACGUUCUCAGUCCAUGGUUAAUUCGGCCGCUCCGAUUGUCAGCGAAACUGGCUUACAGUACUCACUUUCCCAUCAUUCGCCGUUAUACCAGCAAAAUCCAGAGCAACAAGUCACUUCACCACCGUCCAACUGUCGAGAUUCAGGGGCUCCAUCAUUUCUAUCUUCGUCCUCCACCGAUGCACUUAGUACUUUUCAGAUAUCAGCUAGCAGCCCCACUUCUGUAGCCCUCAGAACAAACCCUCCUUGCCCGCCGCAAUGGAAUGAAAUAAACGCUGGUGCACCCUUACCUGCACAAGUAUAUCCUAACGCUACUCGGCCUAAUCUGAGCAUUAGCCAGACCACGGGUCUUUCAUCCUUACAACGACACGCGCAAAUGAAAAACGGGGAUCCGUGUUCUGGUCUUCGUCCUUCUGCACACCCAAGUGAAUCCGGUUCGAUUGAUUCCCUACCUUCAUUUGGAUGGCAAAACUCUGUUCCUAUCGCCAAUGGUGAGCUGCCCGACUCACUCCAGCUCAACACUACUCGUCAUAAAAGGUGGUCUCUGUUUGCAGCGGUGGCACGUGCCCCAACGGACUGCAAUCUUGACGCUGCGAAGGAUGUUUUCUAUGGAGGUUUAUCCGGACUCAUUCAUCAAGCAAGAAGCACUGACACUGUGAUGCUUACGGACGAUUUGAAUGCCAAAGAUGUUCGUGGUCAGUUUGGCCAGGUGGACCAAUUUCCUGAGGUUCAGAUUGCUAAAUCACAGCAACCGGCUCUGUCCGCGGCCCUGCCAUGCUCAGAACAUUUGCCCACGCCAAAUCCGGGUCAUAUUCAGCAACCUACUUCGACAAAUCUUUACUUUUCCGCAACCGCGGUUCCUCCGACCCAUCCUUCCACUCACCCAGUACAAUCGAUAGCAACGUACCCUUCUCCUACUCAAAGUAGUUCAUACGGCUUAUCCCCUAGUAUGAGUUCGGUGACGGAAUUAACAUCCCAUACACCUCGGAUGGCAGAACAACGCGAUCAAUCACAUUUACACCAUCCACCCACGGAGGCGCCAGGCCCUAAUAUACAACCACUCUUACCUCCAGUGAGCUGUUCGCGGGCAGUGCCGACGCCACUCUUGGUAACCUCUGGUUUUCCGCUACCCAACAAGCUGACAAAUCCACCAACUGGUUUCAGUUCUGAUCCCACGGUUACUUUUCCGCUUACGGGCCCUAAGGUUCCAUCGAUUCCGAAUUCCGGUCCGGUACAACCGAUUGUCACUGCUUCAUCUGAACCUCCCCCAGCUAUGAACCCUCAGUUCCAACAGAUGUAUCAUAGAAACCCGUUAUCUGUUCCCCAAUAUCCUCCCCGGAUCGCCAACGAUGUUCGCACCCUUCCCGUUACACCGCCUUUAGCGCCUACCACAGCUGGGCAGGCACCAGUAACUUCAUACACGGAACAGAUCGGCAUUAGAACUAGCCUGCCUCCUACGACGCACCCAUACCUGCCUCCGAAGCCCAACACAUUGCAGCCCAAUUACCCACGACAGGGUGGACCGGCUAACCAUUCGGCGUUUUUCCGCAGUCCAGGGACUGCAGCAACCGCUGCCGAGUGGAGUCACGUGAAGUCUCCCAUCGGACUUCUUCAAGAGAACAAUCUGCUGCCAUCAGACACGGCCGAGGUUCCCCCAAAACCGGCAAUUUCAACUUCCGUUAAUUGCGAUCCGGACAUCAUGCGUUGUACGCUGACCAACUUCCCAUCGACUUCAAAAUUACUCUCUCGUUGUCGAUUGCCUCUGGGUUUGGUGAUGCAUCCGUUUCGCGAUUUGUCUAGCCUUCACACCAUCACAUCAACAGUCAUUGUACGGUGUCGAUCCUGCCGAACCUACAUUAAUCCGUUUGUUCAAUUCGUCGAUUCUGGUCGUCGGUGGAGAUGCCCAGUGUGCUUUCUGUCUAACACCGUUCCAGACGAUUUCUUCUAUGACCCCGGUACUCAGUCUUACGGUGAUCCAUCCAGACGACCGGAAAUCCGUUCGGCCACGGUAGAGUUCAUAGCGCCUCCAGAAUACAUGCUCAGACCACCACAACCGGCUACUUACUUGUUCUGUUUCGACGUGAGUCGCGGUGCCAUCGCUACGGGUUAUUUGCGGUUUACGUGCGAACGGAUCGUGAAUGCACUGAAUAAGAUUCCUGGAGAUUGCCGCCGUCAAAUAGGAUUCAUCACGUUUGACUCAGCUAUUCAUUUUUAUAAACUCUGUGGCGAUUCCAUGAAGUUGCUGAUAUGCCCCGAUCUGGAAGAGCCGUUUUUGCCUGAUUACGAGGGUUUGAUGAACCGUUUGGAUGACUCCUCCGAAGCGAUAAAGGAUUUUCUGUUGCGUCUCCCGGACACUUUUGAGGGUACAAGUGAUGUGGGCAACUGUCUUGGUGCAACACUUCAGAUUGCACUGAAAAUGAUCGGUGGGACCGGAGGCCGGGUGACUGUGUUCAACACUUGUUUGCCUAAUACGGGCGCAGGAAGUCUGCAAGUUCGCGAGGACCAAAAUGACCGCAUCUCAGCUGACGUGAAAAAUCUAGGUCCAGCCAUCGACUUCUACAAGACUUUCGCUCUUGAUUGUGCAGCGCAGCAGGUUGCCGUCGAUCUCUUCAUCAUGAACUCGCAGUAUUGUGAUAUAGCAACACUGUCCGGUGCGGCUCGAUUCUCCAGUGGCUGUGUUUACCACUAUCCAGAUUUCUAUUGCCCCCCAAAUGCCUGCCAAUCUUCAGCUCCCGUAAACUCUAAUGAGGAUGAAUCUGCACAACAAACUGGAACACAGCAUCCGGUGCUGGACCGACAUGGGCAACCUAACACAGUGCCGAUCGAACUGGAACGUUUCCGACGUGACUUUGAUCGUUACUUAUCCCGAAAGAUCGGAUUUGAAGCUGUAAUGCGUAUACGGUGUACACAUGGUUUGUCAAUUCAGACCUUCCAUGGUUCUUUCUUUGUCCGCUCUGUUGAUCUGAUGUCAUUACCAAAUGUCAAUCCGGAUGCCGGGUUUGCUGUGCAGUUAAACAUUUCUGAAAGUCUUGAAAAUUACUCUACCGUCUGCUGCCAGACCGCCAUACUUUACACAUCUUCUCAAGGUGAUCGUCGAAUUCGCGUACAUACAUUGUGUCUGCCGGUUGUCCACAACGCGUCAGAAGUCUUUCAAGGUGCAGACCAAGGUGCCAUAGCUUGUCUUAUUGGCAAAAUGGCGGUGGACCGUGCUAUCAACUCAGGUAUCUCUAAUGCCAGGGAAGCGGUUGCAACUUCUGUUGCAGAUGCGCUGUCUGCAUAUGCGUCUGCUAUAGGCAUCACUGCUACGACAAGUAUUUCUUCCUACGCUAUAGCAUGCCCCCCUAAUCUGCGGCUUUUGGCUCUGUAUAUAUGUGGUCUUCUGCGUUACCUGGCCUUACGUGUUGGUGUACCCGUUCGUAUCGACGACAGAUCAGCCGCUUUAGAACGUUUGAAAACGGCUGCCCCAGAUGACAUGCUUACGUUAAUCUACCCUCGCCUAUAUGCGGUUCAUCAGUUUGUUUCCAAACCGAUCGGAUCCACGACGCUUACAUUGGCCCAGAAGGCUGCUGCGCUACGUUUGUCCGACUAUGGUGAUGCCCGGGUAGAUGCCGAUCAACAUUCCGAAGAUGGUGAUUCCUCCGCUUCUUCGGUCUCUACCGAUAUUGGUUUCGAUGCUGAACAACUUCCUGGUCAGUUACACUUGUCCGCUCGAUGUGUAUCUCGUGCUGGCGUAUUUUUGUUGGAUACGGGCGAAAUGCUCUACCUUCUUGUUGGUUCUGGUGAUGAAUCGAGUGUCGAUGGCGUCAGCUCAUCGGAAAUGUUGCAACAACUCCUUGGUAUUUCGAAACCAACUGAUUUACCAGCAUGUGGUGGGCCAUUUAAUUUACCACCGUUACCUAGCAAUACAGGAAAGACUUCAAAUCCUCAUAGUGAUGAUAUGCCCGUUGCCAGACGUCGUUUACUAACUCUCAUCAGUCUAAUACGGAGACAACGUCCGACCAACAAUGCACUUGUUUGCAUGCGACAUGACGCCCCAGCGAAUCUUCGGACCCGCUUUCUUUCUGCUCUCAUAGAGGAUAGAACGGAAUUCGCCCCCUCAUAUCACGAGUUUCUCCAGAUGGUUCAAAAUUUAAUGAGAAGUUGAAUUUCAGCUUGCUUUUUGUAGUUCCACAUUUGCCGCCUUUUCGCCGAACUGUACGAAACGGAUGCUGUAAUUAAUACCGUGCAUCUUAUCUCAUCCGAUCCUCCUUUCAAACGUUGUUUGACCUAUUUGAGUCAGCUUGCGUGCCUUGGCCUUACGUUGCACAAAUCCCCUUCAAGCUCCAUUUACAGUCCGUUAUUGUGAGAACGUGUCAGUUUGAAUUUCCAUUUCGAUAGGCCUUUCUCGAGUCCACCUAUAUGUUUGGGGCUUGUGAUGUUCUGAAUUUCAUCAGUAGCUUUCUCGCCGUACUUUUUCUAACGUCAUUUAUUUUCUUCCCAUCCAACGUUCCCUUUACCCAAUGUCUUAUUUCAUUUGAUCGCCUCCUCUCAGCAACCCACAUCAACUUUACACCGCUUACCAAAGUGCUGAAUACUAUUGUUGUUGAGAUGUUAUAGCCCCACGGGGUUAUUGCCCGAGGUGAGCUUAGAAUGGACCGCUGUUUACCACUACAGCUCGUUAUCACACACCCUCUCCGUUAUUUAAACUCAGUCUGAUUUUCUGCUCUUUCGCGCUCUAUUCUUUCGAUUAUCUCUAGUGACUGUCAUUCUGUGUAUUUCGGAUGGAAUAUGAACGAGGUUUUCUUUGAUUCUG